UCCACCAAUUCUCUUACAGCGCUAGACUAGUUCGUUCGAGCGCCGCUGGACUCUCCUCGGCUCCUCCUUCGAGUCUCCAGCCUCCACCACUGCCAUCCUGGAGUUGCCAACUCCCAUGGCGCUCUCCCGCCGCCUUCUCCUCUUCCUCUCCCUCGUCGCCAUCACGGCGGGCACGGGCACCUCCGAGAUGAUCGUGACAAGGUGCUAUCCGCCGCCGACGCCCACUGUCAACGGCAGCACCAGCGCGUUCUUCCGCCGCGAUCUCCUCUCGCUACUCGACGCCCUCCCCUCGGCCGCCGCGUGGACGGGCUUCGCCUCCUUGCGGACCGGCGGCUCGUUCGCCCGCGGCCUCUGCUUCGGCGACCCCGCGCCGGACUCGUGCUUCCGCUGCCUGUCCGACGUCGGCAGGAAGAUCACCGACCUGUGCGACGACGCCAGCCGGCGCGCGGGCUUCCUGAACGACGGCUGCUUCGUAGGCUACGCCGACACCAACGCGUCCUCCGCCGGCGCGGACGACAACAACAUCAGUGGCGUGUCAUUCUCCGGCGACGUCAUCCCGCGCAUCGACGCCGGCGACGCGCUGAAGCUCACGGCCGUGGCGCGGUCCUUGGUCCCGCGGUCCGUGAACGGCCAGGUGGCCGCCGCCGACGCGACUGCCACGGCGAGCAACGGCGACACGGUGCGCGUGCUGGCACAGUGCGCGACGGACCGCGCCCCGGCGGAGUGCGCCCGGUGCCUGCGGGAUUCGUCGCUGCAGAUGGCCAAGAGCUGGGGGCUCACGCGCAGCGCCAGCACCGUGCAGGCGGUUCUCGGCUCGAACUGCUACCUCCGCUUCGAGAUAUCGGCACCGCCCGUGGGAGAGAAGAUUCGGAGGAUCGUAAAGGGUCACAUUGUCCUGACUGUGUGCAUUGGCUUCAUCGUCGCCGUAGCCGUCGCCGUGCUGGUGGUGGUGAGAAGAAAGGCCGGGAAUACAGAAGCACCAGCGGCGGAAGGGAAGCCAUGAUCUGACCGGGAUAAUACUAAGAAGGAAGAAGGCCAAACAAAGGCAAGGGUGGCGUUACCAACCUCCUGCAGGGGCACACAUACGCUAGUUAGGGUGGUGUUACGUACUGUUACGUUGAUCUGUUGUAUGCAUUUGGAUGUUUUUUUUUGUCAUCAUAUGCAUUUGGAUGCUUGGUACUUACUAUUGCUCUGUUCCAUGAUCUUCCACUAAUCUUGUUUAUGAUA